CUGGUCAGGAAGCUUGGUGGCUGCUGACUGAGUAAUGGGACUCGGACUUUAACCCUGGGAAGGUCAUCUUGUAGAAGACAUAAAACGGUUAUACUGUGAAGAAACCUUAUGUGCGUAAAACGCAACCCAAGUGCAAAAACUUUCCCUGGAAAAUCGGAUAAUUACUAAUAGGUUUCUUUGAUCGACGGGUACUUUGAGCUAGACAUCCGUUGUUAUUAUAUAAAGAGUCGAUAUUGUCUGUUGGUAGGUUUUACGGUUUUUUUGGUUAUUUUACAGUCAAUUCCGUAAUUAUGUCUGGACAUACUACUAUUCUUACUGGUGCCUCAAGAGGUAUUGGUGCUGCUAUUGCUAAAAUUUUCUUGAGCAAGUCCAACUCCAAUAAGCUUGUUGGGGUUGCUAGAUCUGCUAGUGAGCUUAACAAAUUGGUUGAAGAGUAUGGUGAAGAUAGGGUUGGAGUAGUCAUUGGGGAUGUUUCCAAGAAAGAAACCAGUGUUCAAGCUGUUGAAUUGGCCAUUGAAAAAUUUGGUUCAAUUGAUUCCAUUAUUUUGAAUGCCGGGGUUUUGUCUCCAGUGGAACAUAUUGCUGAUGCAAACGUUGAAAAAUGGAUUGAAUUAUACCAAAUCAAUUUCUUUUCCGUUGUGGAAAUGAUUAAACAAGCUUUACCUCAUUUGAAAAAAACCAAUGGUAACAUUGUUGCCGUUUCUUCUGGCGCUUCUACUUCAGUCUAUGAUGCCUGGGGUGCUUACGGUACUUCUAAAGCUGCUCUUAAUCAUUUGAUUAAAUCGGUUGCUACCGAAGAAAAAGAUAUCAAUGCCAUCUCCAUUGCUCCAGGGGUGGUGAAUACCAGUAUGCAAACCGAUAUCAGAGAAACUUUUGGUAAAAAUAUGGAUGAAGAUGGACUUAAAAAAUUCAUUGAUUUACAUAAAAAUGAUCAACUCUUACCUCCAGAAGUCCCUGCCACCAUUUACGCAAACUUGGCCUACAAAGGUUGGAGCAAAGACAUCAAUGGCCAGUACCUCAGAUACAACGAUGAAGAAUUGAAAGAGUACCUUGCUUAAUAGUUUUGUAAUGUAAUAAUACAAUAAACGAAAAAC